AUGGCCUCGACGAUAGCAGCGGCCACAAAGGUCUCCCGGACGAUGUUCCGUGAACUUCACGGUGUCGUCGUGACCUCUGGCCUGAUUGAUAAGACCGUCAAGGUCCGGGUGGGCGGGCAGAAGUUCAACAAGUUCCUUCAGAAGCACUUCGACGACCCAAAACAAUACCUGGUCCACGACCCCAACAACUCUCUCCGUGCCGGUGACGUGGUCGCUAUCAUGCCCGGCUUCAUCACCAGCAAGUCCAAGCGGCACGUGGUCAAGCACAUCAUUGCGCCCGCCGGCACGCCGAUCGAGGAGCGCCCGCCCAUCCCUUCGCUGGAUGAGCUCUGGGACGCCAAGGACGCAGCGAAGGAGGCCAAGAAGGAGCGCAAGGUGCUGCGGGAAAAGAUCCAGGCCGCCGAGGAGGCGAUUGAGCUCGGUGAGAGAAUGGCCCGCCACGCUGAGAGGGAGAUCGCGAUGCGCGAGAAGAUCAUCAGCUUGCAAAAGGUUGAUUGAGGAACACAGUGUGGACAAGCCGAGUGGUGAAGACGAGGGAGCAGGAUUGGAGCGAGAUCCAUUCAGACACACGUCAGUUUCAAUGCUUACUUACUGGCCGCGCCUCUUGCUAGAGGAUGGUGGUGAAGGGCCGCGCGCCGCGAGAGGGGGGGAAGUGGUGGUUGAUUAUGGUCCGGCGUGUCUUGGAUUGUGUCAAGGACUGUGUCGAGAAGGGAUAAAUAGAGCCCGGAGCACAAGCUGUU